AUGACGAGAUUUUACUGCCUCCAGUGUCAAUGUUGUGUUUGCCAUCUUUGCAUCGUCACGGAACAUAAAAGCCAUGAGGUUAUUUUACUUGACGAAGCAGCUGACAACGAGAAAGGAAAUAUCAUGGCAGAUGUUUUAAUGAGCCGAACAAGGGUAAAAGAUUUAAAGGAAACACUUCAACAAUUCCAAAACACAGCAAACAGCCUGCAAGAAAAUGCCCGUGUCGCUAAACGCGGAGUUUCGCAAGAAGCCGAGCAGAAGAUCGCAGAGAUUCGAGAGCGCGAGCGACAAGCCAUUGAAUCAAUCGACACAACGUGCGUUGCGAGACUCCAAAAAAUCAACUCGGCUCGACAGGCAGUAGAAUCUCUGAUGAAGCAAAACAACAAAGUCGCCGACUUUGCCGAAAACUUGGUGCAGAAAAGCUCCAGCUGUGAUAUCAUGCAAAACAAGCACAAUUUAAAACAGAGAUUUGAGGAGCUUCGAGGAAUCCAAGCUGCACAACACCAUCAGACCUCGUUCAUCAAGUUUUACCCCACUCCUGCUGUAGGCUCCAACUUGGGCGACAUUUCCACCGAAGACAAAGCAGACGCAAGUUGGUCCACUCUAGAGGGACUGGAUCAAACUUUUCAGGCUGGUUUAGAGGCAAAGUUUAUUUUAUGCCCCAAAACGCCUGAUGGAGAAAUCAGUAACCAGCCUGAUCUCAAACAGCAAAUUGAAGUUCUCAUACAACCAGCCAAAGAUGUCACACAAGUCACUGUUUGCAACACAGACAACGGGAGAUUCGAGGUCAAAUUUAUACCCAAAAAGUACCCGGUGCUUACAGCAUUGAAAUGAAGAUUAAUGGAGAUACACUCGCCAACUCUCCGUUCACUGUGGCGGUGAAGGAGCGUGAACUUAUCGUGGUCGGUGAGUUGGAUCUGGAUUUAUUAGAAGGAGAUCAGGUCGGCCGUCUAUUUGGAAUCGCGGUAAAUGCGAUAGGGAAUAUUGCGGUAACUGACAUUUGUAAAAACUGUGUUUACAUAUUCGAUAAAAAUGGUAAAUGUCUGAGAAAAAUUGGAGUUAAAGGGCAAUUUAAAGACCCAUGUGGCGUGACAUAUUUGAACGAUGACGAGAUUUUAAUUACAGACACAGUUAACAGCAGAAUACAACAAAUUAAUAUCCAGACAGGAACUGUUGUGAAAACUUUAGGAAAAGCAAGCGUAGGAGAGGUUUAUCGCCCAUUGGAUGUUUGUUUGGAUAAAGAACGUCGCAUUGUUGUAACCGAGUUUUCGAUUGGUAGCAUACAGGUGAUGUCACGCGAGGGAGAGACUAUUUCUAUCUUUGGAAACAUCGGCCCAGAAAAAUUAAACAACCCAAGGAGCUGUUUGCCUUACAAAAACAACUUUUUCGUCUCCGAUAGCGGUGAUCAAUGCAUCAAGGCUUUCGACAAGUCAGGAACAUUCUUACACAAGUUUGGCAAACUAGGGAAUCAAGAUGGGCAAUUUAACAACCCGAAAUGUUUGCUUAUAGACAGCUUCAAUAAUCUUCUGGUUUGUGAUAAGUUCAAUAAUCGAGUUCAGCAGUUUUCUCUGGACGGUCGCUUCACCGGUAAAAGUAUCACUUAUUUACCUUAUCCUCGUGGAAUAGCAGCAACACCAGAUGGACGUAUUCUCGUGACUACCACUAAAAAGAUUUUCAUAUUAAAGUAG